UUGUUGGAACCUUUGCUCAAAAAACUGCACCGUUCCCAUCCCAAGCGAUGUCGUGCACGUGCAAUCAGAUAAUUACAAGAGAGCAUAGCCCGAAAGAAUCUGGCGAGUUUGCUUUCCAGCAAAGAUGGUUGCUAGCACAAAUCUCAUCAUCUCCUGCAACUUCUCUUGUCUUCCUCUCAAGGUUAACCCAAAGCCCAAAUCUUUACUCAAAACUCAUUACACAUCUUUACUGUUUUCAAAUACCAGUACAAGAAAAGGCUUGAAUAUUUCAAAUUUAGUUAAGCCCCAAUACAUUUAUAACAAUAAGAAGGGUGUUCUUCAGACUUGUUACAGCACCUUAAACUCUGACAACAAGUCACCGGAUGACCAAGUUUUAGAUAAAGAUGCUACGGGUGGUGGUAAAGAGGGAGGAAGGGACUGGACAACCUCAAUUUUGCUAUUUGUCUUCUGGGGUGGGCUCAUUUACUAUGUUUUCAACCUCACUCCAGACCAGACUCCGUCAAGGGACAUGUAUUUCUUGGAGAAACUUCUCAAUUUGAAGGGAGAUGAUGGCUUUAGGAUGAAUUCUGUGCUUGUGUCAUUGUGGUACAUCAUGGGUCUUUGGCCUUUAGUUUAUAGCAUGCUUCUACUUCCAACAGGCAGAAGCUCAAAAACCAAUAUUCCUGUUUGGCCAUUCCUUAUUCUUUCAUGUUUUGGUGGUGCAUAUGCUCUUCUACCCUAUUUUAUUCUCUGGAGACCGCCACCACCUCCUGUUGAAGAAAAUGAGCUUGGAAGAUGGCCUCUUAAUUUUUUGGAAUCAAAGUUGACUUCUGGAAUAUUACUGGCUGCAGGGCUGACUAUAAUCGUCAAUGCAGCUUUAAAUGGUGGUGAAUGGAAGGAGUUCUACCAGUAUUUCAGGGAAAGCAAAUUUAUCCACAUCACAUGCCUUGAUUUUACUCUAUUAUCUGCUUUUGGCCCCUUUUGGGUUUACAACGAUAUGACUGCCAGGAAGUGGUAUGACAAAGGUUCAUGGCUUCUUCUCAUAUCACUGGUUCCAUUCUUGGGUCCUGCAUUGUAUCUAGUCCUCCGGCCAUCACUCUCAGAAAUGCCUGUUUCACAGAGCCCCACUUCAUCUGAAGAGCAGUAGCACUGGAGUUUUUACAUUUUCAGCCAUAUCUACUAGGAAGGCAAAGCUUGUAACACCAAUAAUAAGAAUUUAGUUGUAUGAAGCACACAGUUGGGAAUCUGUAUUGCAGAAAUUGGUGGGAAGUUAGCGGUCGGAUUUAGAUGAAAGAAACAGAUUGAAUGAAUACACAAAGGAUCAAUUUACAAUUUCUUUUUCUGGAAGAAAUGUUUUUGUAAUUUGCCUCUGUUUGUUUUGUAAUCAAUAGGAACUCCCUCGUUGACCA